AUUUUAAUAAAAAUAUUAAAUUAAAAUUAUGGGAUUUUUAACAGUAUUGAAGAAAAUGAGACAAAAGGAGAAAGAGAUGCGUAUAUUGUUGCUGGGCUUGGACAAUGCCGGUAAGACAACUAUUCUGAAACGUUUCAAUGGAGAACCCAUUGAUACCAUUUCACCCACAUUGGGCUUUAACAUAAAAACUUUGGAGCACAAUGGUUACACAUUGAAUAUGUGGGAUGUUGGUGGUCAAAAGUCUCUGCGUUCAUAUUGGCGUAAUUAUUUCGAGUGUACUGAUGGUUUAGUUUGGGUGGUAGAUAGUGCGGAUAGAAUGCGUUUGGAGACAUGCAAACAAGAAUUGGAAAUUCUGUUGCAAGAAGAAAGACUGGCAGGAGCCACAUUGCUGGUACUGGCCAAUAAACAAGAUUUGCCUGGAGCAUUGACAGCAAAUGAAAUUAAAGAAGCUUUACAAUUGGAUAAUAUUACCACACAUCAUUGGCUGGUGGUUGGUGUCAGUGCUGUGACCGGGGAAAAGCUUCUGAAUGCUGUCGAUUGGUUAAUUGAUGACAUAGCAAAACGAAUUUUUACUUUAGACUGAAGA